ACAAAUUAACGCGCAUUUUGUUUUCGUAAGGAGUCAUGGCUGCUGUGGCGCUCGUGCAGGGCGCGAGUAGAGGUCUGGGCUUUGAGUUCUGCAGAUAUCUGCUGUUCAACAGGCCUCCGGCAGCCGUGGUCGCCACAUGCAGGAACCCGGACGCCGCUCAUCGUCUGGCAGCCCUGAGAGAGCAGCACCCGGACAGACUGACUGUCCUCGAGCUGGACGCGUGCAGGGAAGAAGACAUCGCGAGCGCGGCUGAGAGCGUCAGAGCCGCCUUCGGGAAGGUGGACUUGAUCAUUAAUUCUGCAGCUAUGCUUCAUCCGUCUGGUAAAGGAGAAACACAUUUACGAGACGUGUCCGCUCAGGGAGUAAUUUCUACUUUAACCAUUAAUGCAGUGGGUCCACUGGUGAUGGCCAAGUAUUUUGCCCCCCUGCUUCAGAAGGGAACGGGGGCGUUCGGCCAACAGCCCCCAAAUAAAGAGAAACAGCACAGUGGCAUCAUUGUGAACAUGACUGCUAGAGUGGGCUCUAUAGGAGACAAUGCUCUCGGAGGCUGGUACAGCUAUAGGAUGUCUAAAGCUGCCUUAAACAUGGCCACCAGAAACCUGUCCAUUGAGCUGGGUCGAGGGCGCUCUAAAAUUGUGUGUGUGUCAUUGCAUCCUGGAACAGUGAAAACAGAUUUGUCUCGGCCCUACCAUCACAACAUACCCAACAACAAGCUCUUCAGCACGGAGCACUCAGUCCAAUGCCUUAUGAACAUUAUAGACACUCUAAAUAUGUAUAAAACUGGUAAAGCAUACGCAUGGGACAAUACUGAAAUACCUUGGUAAACUCUGUCUUGUCAAAAACAACAGUAUUCUGUGUGUACCCCGUUUUUGGGUGAGAAAAGUGUUGCAAAGGUGGGCGAGAAAAAGGAAAACAGCGCUGAAACAAAUCAAGCAGUCUUUUACAGAAAAUAAAGGAUGUGGAAAUAUUGGAUUUAAAA